GGACCAGGGCUUACACCAGAGAGAGGAAUCAGCCUUUGAAACUGCCCUUCAGAGCUCCACUCCCUCCAGCACCAUGCCUUACAACUGCUGCCUGCCCAACCUGAGCUGCCGCUCCACCUGCUCCUCCCGGCCCUGCGUGCCCCCCAGCUGCCACACCUGCACCCUGCCUGGAGCCUGCAACAUCCCCGCCAAUGUGGGCAACUGUGGCUGGUUCUGCGAGGGCUCCUUCAAUGGCAGCGAGAAGGAGACCAUGCAGUUCCUGAACGACCGCCUGGCCAGCUACCUGGAGAAGGUGCGUCAGCUGGAGCGGGAGAACGCGGAGCUGGAGAGCCGCAUCCGGGAGUGGUGCCAGCAGCAGGUGCCUUUCGUGUGCCCCAGCUACCAGUCCUACUUCCGGACCAUUGAGGAGCUCCAGCAGAAGAUCCUGUGCAGCAAGUCUGAGAACGCCAGGCUGGUGGUGCAGAUCGAUAAUGCCAAACUGGCUGCAGAUGACUUCAGGACCAAGUACCAGACAGAGUUGGGCUUGCGGCAGCUGGUAGAGUCGGACAUUAAUGGCCUGCGCAGGAUCUUGGAUGAGUUGACUCUGUGCAAGUCCGACCUGGAGGCCCAGGUUGAGUCCCUGAAGGAGGAGUUGCUGAGUCUCAAGCAGAACCAUGAGCAGGAAGUCAACACCCUGCGCUGCCAGAUUGGAGACCGCCUCAAUGUGGAGGUGGAUGCAGCCCCAACUGUGGACCUGAACCGUGUGCUCAAUGAGACCAGGAGUCAGUAUGAGGCCCUGGUGGAGACCAACCGCAGGGACGUGGAGGAAUGGUUCACCACCCAGACUGAGGAGCUGAACAAGCAGGUGGUGUCCAGCUCGGAGCAGCUGCAGUCCUGCCAGGCAGAGAUCAUCGAGCUGAGACGCACGGUCAACGCCUUGGAGAUCGAGCUCCAGGCCCAGCACAACCUGAGGGACUCCCUGGAGAACACGCUGACAGAGACUGAGGCACGCUACAGCUCUCAGCUGAAUCAGGUGCAGUGCAUGAUCACCAAUGUGGAGUCCCAGCUUGCUGAGAUCAGGUGUGACCUGGAGCGGCAGAACCAGGAGUACCAGGUGCUGCUGGACGUCAAGGCCCGGCUGGAGUGUGAGAUCAACACGUACCGGGGUCUGCUGGAGAGCGAGGACUGCAAGCUGCCUUGCAACCCCUGUGCCACGACCAACGCAUGUGACAAGCCCAUCGGACCCUGUGUCACCAAUCCCUGUACCCCUUGUGGCCCACGCUCCCGUUGUGGGCCCUGCAACACCUUUGGAUGCUAGAUAUCCUGGGACCAGCAAGAGGAUUGCAUGAAAACAGAAAGGCCAUUGAUGGACCAGUCCUGCUUCUCUGACAAGCAUCAGCCCCAGAAGCUGCCCCAGGCAUCUCCAUAAAUCAUGGUCUGGAAAGAGAGCAAAUGCCCAGGUGUGGCCUGGCUCUGAGCCUAGCCCACCAGAUCCCCUUUAUUCAAGGCUGCUCUCUCUGUUAUUCUGUGACCUGAUGGUCUGAUGGGUCUGGGCUGGGAAGGUGUCAUAGGAGGUGUAUUGUGGUUCUCUCUGUUGCUUUGACCUUCCUCACAGGUCCCUAAAUCCCUUUGUAAAUCUAAUAAACUUUCCUCUUGCAAAGCA